ACACUUGGAAGGUUAUUUGCUUACCUGUAUAGAAUUUUAAAAGAUGAAUGAAAUUUCAGUGUACGUGGUUAAGACUGAGAUGAAAGACGGAGAACUGGAAUUAGCUGAUCUACUUUUGGAGUUCCUUUGUCGAUCACACCUCCUAAACCGCCCUUCUCAUAAAGGCCCCCCAUAGAUGUACAUAACAAAACCUGUUUGGGCUUUUAUAUUAUUACCUGUUUCCGAGUUGGUGGCGAGGUCCAAGAUGGUGGUGAAACUACUAUCUAGCUUUCGGUAUGUUAAAUCCCCAAGAAUUGAAUUUCGUUUUUUCAAAAAUGCCACAGUUCGCUACCAGUCGGGGGUCCAUGUCACAACAACUUUCAGUGAACAAGAAAGGGAAGAUUUAAACGACGCAACGACGACUAAAACGCUAACAUUUGAUGAUCCCAAACAAGCGUUUGGCUCGAAGACAACAUUGGAACUUCUCCGAGCAAUUUUAGUGUUUAAACUGUGCUCUGUGAACUUGUUAGUAGAAAAAAAUAAAGAGUUAAUGAAAUUAGGACAAAGAGUAUGUGGCAAAWGGCUGUUUAAACAGUUAAUGAAAGGAUCGUUCUAUGGACACUUUGUGGCAGGCGAGGACCAGGAAGCAAUAAAACCAACAAUUCGAAAACUUAACCUGCAUGGUGUUGGAGCCAUACUUGACUACUCAGUGGAGGAAGAUUUGUCUGAAGAGGAUGUUGAAAAGUCUAUGGGUGAAUCAUUAGAAGACUCUGUAUCAACUAUGAGUGCAGAGGAAGAUGACCAUCAAAAGUACAAACCUCAUGUUGAGUUUGCUGACAGGAGAAUGGGUGUGGUCAGUGCAAGGACAUACUUCUAUUCUGGUGAGCCAGAAUGUGAUAAAAGAUUAGAGACAUUUAUGCAUUGCAUUGAUGCUGCUUGUGGUGCAUCUGAUGAUGGUUUUGCUGCUAUUAAAGUGACUGCUCUUGGUCGACCACCACUAUUGCUAAAAGUUUCUGAAAUAAUAAGUCAAACUCAGCAAUUCUUUGACCGACUUGCAAAAGGAUCUACAAUAAGUAAUAAGAUAGGUCUAGAAAUUGCUAAGGACAAGUUCUUUGAAGGAUUGGAUAAGUUGGGGGUCCACAUCAAUGAAGAUGAAGCAAAUCAUAUCUUUGAUUUAAUGGAUACAGAUAAGUCUGGUGCUAUUGAUAUUAUUGAAUGGCAUGAAUUCCUGACACCUCAACUACAGCUAUCAUAUCUCUUUACUGCAAAGCCAGAAGGAAAUGAACAAACUGGCCAACCUAUAAUUCCUGUUCUGAAUUCAGAUGACCAGAGACAAAUUCAGAACAUGAGAGACCGGCUAUCAAAGUUGGCUGAGCAUGCAGAAAAAAGAGGUGUUCGACUCAUGGUGGAUGCAGAACAAACAUACUUUCAACCUGCUAUCCGACGGUUUACAAUAGAUUUACAAAGAGAAAGCAAUAUGGAAAGCCCUGUUGUAUUCAACACCUAUCAAUGCUACUUAAAGGACGCUCAUCGUCAAACCCAAGUAGACAUGGAGCUUGCAAGGCGAGAAGGUUUCUGCUUUGCUGCUAAAUUAGUACGUGGAGCUUACAUGGAGCAGGAACGUCUACGAGCUGCAAGUCUUGGAUACAAAGAUCCCAUUAAUCCCAGCUAUUCUGCCACUAGUGAAUGUUUCGAUAGGACUUUGAAUGCAGUACUAGAAGAGACAGCUAGAGGUCGAGCUAAUGUCAUGGUUGCGUCACAUAAUGAACAUUCAGUACAGUUUGCUGUUCAGAGAAUGAAGGAACUAGGAAUCACGGUAGAUGACAAAAAGGUAUUUUUUGGACAACUUCUGGGCAUGUCUGACCACAUCUCUUUUACCUUAGGCAAGGAGGGGUAUUCGGUGUACAAGUAUGUGCCAUAUGGUCCGGUAGAGGAAGUAUUACCRUAUCUAUCACGUCGAGCUAUGGAGAACAGAGGUCUUCUCAAAGGAAUCCUCAAGGAACGUGGAAUGUUARUGGACGAAAUGCGGCGAAGGAUAAGAGAUAAGCAACUGUUUCCUUUGUCCGCCUGAAGUGGUACCUUGUAAUGCUUCAUGGUACUGCGGACAGACGAAACUAUCAAUUAUUUGAAUUAUUGCAAGUCAUAAUUAACUCGCUUACUCGGGCCAUACACAUUGAUACUUCUCUGCGAAAACUCCAUGAGUUAUGGAUUUAGUAAGCGGUCCUCACUUAUGUGUGAUUAUUCUGUGAAUGAUUAUCAGAACUUUUAAUAUAUAGACUAUAUUCUGUAAGUGUGCUUUCCAUUUGUCAGAACUGGCUGGGCAAACCCAGAGAAAAUGUCAUUAUAUAUCAUUCCCAUUUAGUUAGGAAAUUCAAAUUUUCAAAUUCUAUCCAUUAUUCUACAGAAAACCUCGAAAAUGACUGAAUGAUGUUGACAAAAAGCAUUAUAUACCUCUAAAUAGAUUGGACUGGCUGGCCAGUUCUGCCUAAAUGAAAAGCRCCCUAAAUUUGUAAAAUACUUGAAUGAGGAUUUCUAUGAAUUUAUAAAAUWAUUUUGUCAGUGCUGGCACACAUGGAUUAAUAAAUUAUAGCAUAGUUAAUAGUUAUUAACUAUGAUCAUAGUGAUAAWUAUGAUAAUGGGAAUAUGCUAAUGUGGAAAUAUUAUGCGCUACGGCGUUACUAGAAUAAAUAUGAAUUAAACUAAACGUGUUUUCAUCAACGUGUGAAUUACACGUAUUUAGCACUUAACCGAAUGUUUGUGUUAACAAUUCUUUUAAGUUCAGCAAAUAUUUGUAAAUAAUCAACACUCAACAGUCAUUUGAUAGUGAUAAACGACUCGUGUAAUUGAUGCGUUUAUCAAUUGUUUAUUUAAUUAAGCUAUUUUUACUGUCCGAAGUAGUUUCGGUAUAUUAUAUUUAUGUAUUAAAAAGAUGUGUUCAUUUGGAUGUCAUUUUUUAGAUAAAAGAGAUUUUUAGGGUGGAAUAACGUAAUGUAUGUAUAUUUAAAGGUGUAGUGUACAAUUGUCGUUCACUAGCACUACUUUGUUGGUAAUAAAUAAUUUUUAAGUAA